AAGACACGAGCCGUGGACUGUAUCAGCUGAGCAGAGCAGUUUAUUAAAUGGAAAGCUUUCUCGAGCUGUUGCUCAUACUGGGGAGUAAAGAGGCGGAUGCCAGCAGCGGUUCCCGGGAGGAUGGGCAGGUGCGCCUGUGAGCCAACGUGAGAGCAGCUCGGGCUCCCCGGAGGAAGAAGCGCGUCGCGCAUGCAUGGGAACUGUAUCACUGGAGCUUAAAUCCGCAUUUUGACACAUUGAGGGGCAGACUCGGGGGUCCACGGAGACAUGUCAAGAGACAGCAUGACAUCUCCACGAGGAGCCCACUCACCCAAAGCGAGUCCCGCAUCUCCUAAGGAGAAUGGACACCCUGCGUCGGGCGGCGCUCAGCCCAACUGCGCCAACUUUGAACAGCCGUCAGUGGAGAGCGCAGCCGGCUCCCCGCCGUCCUCCGCCGGCCAGCUCGCCCACACUUGGAUCCACUUCAUCAAAACAUUCGUACUUAUUUUCCCUAUUUACGCCCUAGGGUACUUUGAACUGAGCUUCAGCUGGCUGCUGAUUGGACUGGUCAUCUUUUUCUGGUGGAGGAGGAACACGGGAGGGAAGAACAGUCGGCUGAGCAGAGCUUUGGCUUUCUUUGAUCAAGAGGAGAGAAGUGCAAAGCAGGGUCUUACAACCUCUGAUUUACCACCAUGGGUCCAUUUCCCAGACGUAGAGCGGGUAGAGUGGUUGAACAAGACGGUGAAACAGAUGUGGCCAUACAUCUGCCAGUUUGUGGAAAAACUGUUCCACGAGACAAUCGAGCCGGCAGUGAAGGAAUCGCACGCCCACCUCAGCACCUUCUCCUUCACCAAGAUCGAUAUCGGAGAUAAACCUUUAAGGAUCAAUGGGGUCAAGGUGUACACUGAAAAUGUGGACAGGCGACAGAUCAUUAUGGACCUCCAGAUCAGCUUUGUUGGCAACACUGAGAUCGAUGUGGACAUCAAACGCUACUACUGCAAAGCAGGGAUCAAGAGCAUUCAGAUCCACGGCGUGUUGAGAGUGGUGAUGGAGCCGUUGUUAGGGGACAUGCCUCUUGUUGGAGCUCUGUCCCUGUUUUUCCUCAAGAAGCCACUUCUGGACAUAAGCUGGAGUGGCCUCACCAAUAUACUGGACAUUCCUGGGCUCAAUGGUUUCUCUGACAGCCUGAUUCAAGAUAUAAUCUACAGUUAUUUGGUUUUACCCAACCGCAUCACUAUCCCCCUGGUCGGAGACAUGGAACUGGCCAAGCUACGCUUUCCAAUGCCAAAGGGAGUGCUAAGGAUUCACUUCCUCGAGGCUCAAGACCUGGAAGGCAAGGAUACGUUCCUGGGAGGGCUGAUCGUGGGAAAAUCUGACCCUUAUGGGAUCCUGCAGAUCGGCAACCAGCUGUUCCACAGCAAGACUAUUAGGCAGACGCUCCAUCCCAAGUGGAACGAAGUGUAUGAGGCUCUGGUGUACGAGCACUCGGGCCAGCAUCUUGAAAUCGAGUUGUUUGAUGAGGAUCCUGAUAAAGACGAUUUCCUGGGAAGCCUCAUGAUUGAUUUGGCUGAGGUGUACAAAGAGCAGAAGGUUGAUGAGUGGUUUGAGCUGGAGGAAGCCCCUACGGGGAAACUCCACCUGAAGCUGGAGUGGCUGUCUCUGUUCUCGUCUCCGGAGAAGCUGGAUCAGGUGCUGCGAAGCGUGCGUGCAGACAGAAGCCUGGCCAAUGAUGGACUGUCGUCGGUUCUGCUGGUGGUGUACCUGGACUCGGCUAAGAACCUGCCCAGCAUCUUCACAGGUAGCUUAGGCCUCGGAAACUUAAGUGAAAGAAGAGCAUCUGGCCUAGUCUUUUGUGACAGCGAUGCAUCUGAAAAUAGAAGCAGAUUUUCGGCCAAGAAGAGCAGCAGCGAGCCAAGCCCCUAUGUCCAAUUCACCGUUGGACAUAAAACACUUGAGAGUAAGAUCCGCUACAAGACGAAGGAGCCUCUGUGGGAGGACUGUUUCUCAUUUCUCGUUCACAAUCCCAGGAGGCAGGAGCUGGAGGUGGAGAUAAAAGAUGACAAGCAGAAAUGCACACUGGGUAACUUGACGGUGCCUUUGAAUACCCUGCUGUUGGAGGACGACAUGACGUUGACUCAGUGCUUUCCCCUCAAGAACUCCGGGCCCAGCUCCACCAUCAAACUAAAGAUGGCCCUGCGGAUCUUGUCCCUGGAGAAGCAGGUAUCCUCAGACCUGCCCUCAUCAGUCCGGGUCAGGAAGUCAAGCGUUCCCACGCCAACCACAGCCCCAUCAGUCAGACUUUCAGCAUCAGACUCCCCACUCUGUCCACCCACCCCUCAGCAUCCAACACGAGCCUCCACGUUCACCCUCCUGCACCAGGAUGGGGAGCCGUACUCAGCCAGCCCUCUCCGCAGCGCCUCCAACUUGAGCAUCUGCAUCUCUGACUCCCAGAAACACCUGCCUCACAAGGAAUCCACCUCCAGCCUGGCCUCGGAUAUCUCCCUACCAACGGCCACCCUGGAGCUUCAGCAGAGAGUUCGCCAGCUGCAGAAUGGCUCGGCCCCGAGCCAGUACCCCCUGGGGGAGGUCCAGCUCACUGUGAGGCACAGCUCUCAGAGGAACAAGCUUAUUGUGGUGGUGCAUGCCUGUCGUAACUUGAUAGCCUUUACCAAAGAUGCUUCAGAUCCCUUCGUACGCUUAUAUCUGCUGCCGGACAAGAGCCGGACGGGGAGGAGGAAGACUAAUACGAUGAAGAAGACUCUCAAACCUGUCUUUGAUCAAACGUUUGAAUUUAGUGUGUCGAUGGUGGAGCUCCACAGGAGAACUCUGGACGUAGCUGUGAAGAACGGAGGGGGCAUGCUGUCCAAACACAAAGGCCUUUUAGGAAAGGCGCUGGUAGAUUUAAGUGGGGAUGAUAUAUCAAAAGGAUACACACAAUGGUAUUGCCUAACUGAAGAUGGUUUCUUAUCUCAAGGCAGAAAAAGCAGUCAAGAUUCCCUCAUCACAUAGUGAAACCACUGGUCUGCUGUAAAAUAUUUCUCUUGUUAUUCUGCGGGCACAUCAUAUUGUUGUAUUUAUAUGUUUUUCGUAGUUCGAUUUAAUAAUUUCAGCAUGGAAGGAGUUUUUAAAAUGUUUCCUCUUGUUAGUUUAAGGUAUCUGCCCAUAUUAUAAUGUGUUUGAAACACACUACCGGCCUUGUCUCUGUUCUCAGUGUUUUAUGUAAAUAUUAAAAGAUUGUUAUAGCGAUAUGAUUACAAGAAUGCAGGGGUUUUCAUGACAAUAUGUUUAUUUAAAGGAAUUUUCAUUGAAUUGAUUGAAACUUUUAUUUAUUUAUUACCAGUUUGGAAAAAUGUGACUAAUUCUAUUUUUUUUUUUUGUUGUUGUUUGAGAAACUCAUGCCAAAGGAACAAAUGCAAUCACAAAAGUAGGUUUAAGUAGCAGUACUUGGUUGUUGUUCUUUUUUGCCUUUUUUUUCAUGCUUCAGUAUUUGACUGCUGACUUCGUAUUGUUCUUUAUGCUUGAUUGAAAACAUUGAAUGCACAUGUAAAAAUGAUGAAACGUCUGCUCUGUGCAUUUCUGCGGUUUGUGCAAUAUUUGUGGUUCUGAAUAUCAUCUCAGAUAUGAAAGAAUGGGCAUUUUAGGGCUAUGAACAAAUGCUGUACAUUACAAACACGAAAGGGUACUUGAAUAAGGGUUUGAGUGUUUAUAUAUAGACAAAUGUAAGAUGAUCAAACAGAAAAAUUAUAAACUGAUGAUUUUAUUUUAUGAGCAAGCUGCAAGAAUCUUCUAAGAUUAUGCAUCUAUGUCUAUGUAUUACGUUUUGCCAUGCAAUUAGAACUGUUUGUUAGAACUUCUAAAUAAGUUUCUUAUUAUCUAUCCUGUGCCUUAAAACCCACAAUGUAAUUUUUUUGCCUUGUUAAUGUUAUUAUUUGAAUGAUAUAAUGCCUUGUGACUUUUGAAUAAAUGGUUUCUCUUGUGAAA